CCCUUGUGGCUCAUAUGAAAUCACAUGAACACUUUCACUUUCCAAACAUCACUUGAAGUGUACUUCCGUGCUUGCGCGAUAUCUAUUUUAUCUUCGAAAAUAACUUUAAUAACAACUUGUUGGCCUACAGUUGAAAACGUUUUCAUUACGUCCUCUCCGUCCUUCGUCCAAACGCGCGUCUAUCGGUAUGUGCACUCGUCUGAAUGAAUCAAUCCGCCCGGGGCCUGUAUUGAAAUGUAAAUAGUCUACAUCACGUCAAACUUUAAUUUAUCAGUGUAUAUAUAUGCCACCCAAUAUGAACCGGAUCGUUCAUUAUUAAACUAUUCAUAAUAUUCAGUGACCUGGUAAAUAUUGGAUUUUUUUCGACAAAGAAAAGUGUAUUGAAGACUUGCAGUUGCGUCUGCGCCAAUGGACCAGUUGGCAGAUGAGGAGUUACUGCGGUUUUUCCGCUGUAGUAGGACAGAGAUGUCGUGCAUGGAGCAACCACACACCUUUCUUAACCAGCUCCGAGACCACCACCUCAUUCCGGAAGAAAUGUACAAGAAGCUGAUUCGGAUGAGGAGUAAGGAGCUGAGGGAGAAGGGUGUGUACCAGAUGUUGGACUGGGUGGAGGCAGAGAGGCCCGGCAGCAUCAAGGUGUUCUGGAACUGUGUGUUCAGGGACCACCUCCUGCAGCAGUACCCCACGUUACGCCUGUUACGAAACCGCCUGCUGGACGGGUCGUUCACAUUCUAUGAGAAACUGCCAAAGAAGGUGGAGAAGGAAGAGGAGGAGGAUGAUAAAAAGAAGGCUUCAGCAGAAGGAGAAGAGGAGGAGGAUAAGAAGAAGGCUUCAGAGGAAGGGGAAGAGGAGGAGAAAGUAGAGGAGAAGUCAAGAAGGAAAAAUAGUAAACAGAAAGAGAGAAGUGAGAGUGCUGAGGAGGAGCAGCCCAGCUCAUCCACCCAGUCCAACCCCAGUCAGAAGAGGAAAGUCCAGAGGCCGACCAACUAUUUUCCUUCCAGGAAGGGGGAGAAAGAUGACAUCUGGACCAGGCCCAUCUACAAGACCCAGCUCCCAGUCACCUGUGGGGACAAAGAAGGCAUUCUCAUCAGGAACAAGCUGGCCAAAGGGGAGAGGUGCAUUCUGGUCCAGGGUCGCUGGUUCACCCCAAGUGGCUUUGAGGAGUUUGGGGGGAAGAAGACCAGAAAGAACUGGAAGUACAAUAUCCGCUGUAGCGGCACCACUCUGGGAAAACUGAUCCAGGAAGAUCAUUUAACUUCACCAGACUUUAAAAGAAGAAAGAGUGCACAGGCCAAGAAAGCACUGUUUCCCUCCAACCAAUCAACGGGCUCAAUCACAGAAUCUAAGGAGGAUGACGAUGAUGAUGAGGAGGAAGAAGCUGAGCAGGAUAAAGAGGAAGUCUUCAAAGUCACCUGUGGAGCCAUCAAUGGAAUGCUACAUAAGGAUCGGUUUGCAUCAGGGUUGUGUGGAAAGAGCAUCCGUACGGACCAGCGCUGGAUGACCCCGGUGGAGUUUGUGACGGGGGAGUCAGCUCUGGAAGAUCCCUCCUGGAGGAACGACAUCCAGUGGGACGGGAAACCACUCAGCGUCCUCAUCGAGAGUAAGAUCUUGGUCAUUCACACUCUCCUGUGUAAGUGCAAGCUGUGCAGCCCUACGGCCAAAGACAGGCAUGAUCACGAUAACGAUGACGACUGCUUCAUCUGUAGAAGCCAGGGCAGCUUGAUAUGCUGUGAUGAGUGUCCUCGCUCCUUCCAUCAGAGAUGUCAUCUUCCUAAUGUGGAUGAUGCUAUGCUGGGGGAUAAUCUUCCGUGGGUGUGUACAUUCUGUGUACUGAGGACCAGUCAGUCGUGGCGUUACCCCAGUCAAAAGACUUACCAGGAAGCCUUGACCUGCCAAAUCUCUGACCACCUACUGGAAUGCCAGUACCUCCUGCUGUGUCUAUACCAAGCGGACAAGGACCACAUCAUUGUGGCAGAUCCUUGCAUCAACGUGAGAAACUACACCAGUGUGAUAAAGACCCCUAUAUGGCUGGACAGGGUUGUGGAGAAGCUGCAGCAGAAUCUCUACCAGUCAAUUCAACACUUUGUGUCUGAUGUGUUGCUUAUCUUCACCAACUGUGCCACAUUUAACAGGGAUAAUGCAGAGUUGCGUGGGAUGGGCGAAAGAUUGAAGGAUCUAUUUGAGAGAGAAUUCAAGAGUACAUUCAGCAUCCAACUUCAGCAUCCAACUGCAUCCAACUGCCAGUAGAGCCUUCAUCAAGUCUGUACUGUUAUCUCACUGAGACAACAGGGAAUAUUCACCAUGCCCUGGUCUUUGUAUACAGUCCUUUCAUGAAUUUCUUUCAUUUGUUCUAGCAGACAAAAUGGGUGUGUGAUAAUAAUUGAAAUAGAAUGAUGGUGAUAACAUUGCAUUUCACACAGUAAAUGUUGCUUAUCUAACUUCUCAUGCAAGAGCCUUAGAAGUCCUUACCUUCCAGGCUUCUACUUCUGGUUAGGCCUUACAUGCAUUUAUGUCCAGGGAUUCUGUCGAAAAUAAACUCAUGAAUUUCUAAAACAA